ACCUCCUCUAACACUCACGCAGGGCAUCACAUCUCGGUUUCUGUUAAGGUUGCUUGUGCUGAGGCUACCCCGUAUGAUGGACUUUCAUGGUCAGUGUUUAGUGUAAACACAAACCACUGAAGCGCCGGACUAACAAGGGAACGAAGGUAGCUCCUCGUCCUCAGAGUUCGACAACGGGAAUGUGUCAGGACUCAGUUGUUACCAGUAGAUCCUAGUUUGGAACUAUGAGAUGCUCCUUUUCGAUCUCCUCUUGCGCCACUUUUUGCACAUUUUUUCGCAUUUUCAAGUUUUUGCAACACUAAUACGGUGCAGUGCAUUAACGCUCCGCGCCAAGUGCCGACAAAUCCCGAGGCUAAAGUGAGAUCUGACGAUAAUUUCACUGCACAUUAGCUUCCACUCGCUGAGUGAACAGGCCUUCGAGCGGUCGAUAUGCGGAACCUGCGCAAUAUCGGGCAUGGCGUUUUCCGGGUGCCGGACUCGCCAUCCUCGGUCUCGGCAUCAGCCAUCUCUGCCUCGUGCUGGGAUGUUGCCCGGGAUGAGGUGAUUGUCGCAUGCGGCCCGGUCGCCGGGGACUCUCAAAUUGUGCUUCUUCGGCUUGCUAGACAUACGCACAAUGUUUCGCCGUCACAUCUACACUCAAGACUCAUCGCCUCGUGGGAUGCGUCGGGCUCGAACCAAAAUGGCGAGCCAGAUGUCGUCAGAAGCUUGCACUACUUCAGCGAUACGCUGACGACGUGCGUCAUCAUGGCCGGCGGCGACAUUGUCACCGUCACGGAAGAUGAGGAGGGCGCCGCUGAUCCCGGUGAGGCGCACGUCGAGAUCGUAGGCACUCUCUCGCCGUCUAUCGCCGCGGCACGCUGGUCUCCGGACGAGGAGCUGCUCGUCAUCGCGACCGGCGACGCCAAGGUGGUGUUUAUGAGCCGAACCUUCGAUGUCAUUGCCGAGGCCAGCCUCUCCGCCGAGGACUUGAAGCUCUCCAGACACGUUUCCGUCGGAUGGGGCAAGAAGGAGACGCAGUUUCAGGGGAGAGGCGCCAAGGCCAGGGGGCUGCGGGAUCCCACCAUCCCCGAGAAGGUGGACGAGGGCACGCCGAGCCCGAAAGACGACGGGCGCUGCACCAUCAGUUGGAGAGGAGAUGGCGCCUUUGUCGCCGUCAACUACCUCCAGGAGGGCGUACGGCGUGUCAUCCGCGUCUACAACCGAGAGGGCGAGCUGGACAGCGUCAGCGAACCGGUGGACGGCCUCGAGGGCAGCCUGAGCUGGCGGCCCGAGGGCAACUUGAUCGCUGGUAUCCAGCGGCUUGCGGACCGUGUAGACGUGGCCUUCUUCGAGAGGAACGGUCUACGACACGGGCAGUUUACUCUCCGAGCCCCCAUUGAUGCCCUUGAGAACUUGGCUCUGGAAUGGAAUUCAGACUCGACCGUCCUCGCUGUUGUCCUAAAGGACCGGGUCCAGCUGUGGACGAUGGGCAACUACCAUUGGUAUCUGAAGCAGGAGAUUCUCUGUGGGCACUCCGAGUGGCGGCAGUGGCCGGUUUUCUCGUGGCACGCUGAGAAACCGCUCCUGCUUGCGGCCGCGACAACAAGCAAGGUCCUUGUGAAUGAAUUUGCCCUUACAGUCUCCAGGGGCCCAACAAGGGCCCCCCACGACCACGGGACCGUGGCAGUCAUCGACGGGCAGACCAUUAAGUUCACGCCGUUCCGGACUGCCAACGCUCCGCCUCCGAUGGCGAUGUGCGAGCUCGAAGUCGAGUCUCCCGCGAUCGACGUGGCAUUUGCGACUGACUGUUCCUCGAUGGCGGUCCUGCACCGGACCGGUGUCAGCUUCUUUGCCCUCGAGGCCAAGGCCCAUCGCCUUUCCGCUCCGAGGCACGUGUCCACGGCAAUAUUCGAGAAGACGGUUCCUGAAUGGUACGAGGAGUCGCUCCUCCAAAUCGGCUUUUCCUCGCCCACCGAGGUCCAAGUUCUGCAUAUGGCCGAUGAUCUUGAGUUGCUGCGAUACGAUUUUGGUUCUGGUCCGGAUGCAAAGACAUGGCUCCAAACGGAUUCAGGCUCGAUUGCGACAAUCACAACUCCUGGCUCAGCUUCAAUCGAAGGUGUCGUGGCGCAGCAUUGGUCGGGCAGGCUGAGUUCGGUCUCCGGAGGAGAACACUUGCCUCUGCCAGUCCAGUUUCCCUCCUUCCUCCCCUGGAUCAGCUGUGUGGUGCAUAAAGACGAGAUCCUCGCCUUCGGCCUGUCGAGGAACGGACAGUUGUAUGCGAACUCCCGACAACUCGCGAAGAGUUGCACAUCGUUCCUCGUCACGGACAACCAUCUCGUCUUCACCACCAGCAGCCAUUUCGUCAAGUUUGUUCACUUGGCGUCGGAGCAAGACCUCGAUGUCCCGCCAGGCGACCCGGAAAGGGACGAACGUUGCCGCAGCAUCGAGCGCGGAGCUCGGCUCGUCACUGCCGUCCCUACCAAAAUGAGCUUGGUUCUGCAGAUGCCGCGAGGCAACCUUGAGACUAUCUAUCCGCGUGCUAUGGUCUUGGCUGGUAUCAGAAGGCUAGUGGAGCAGAAGGAUUACGGUUCUGCUUUUGCAACAUGUCGGAGCCAGCGCGUGGAUAUGAACAUCCUGUUCGACCACCGUCCCGAGCAAUUCCUGGAAAACGUCGGCCUCUUCCUUGACCAGGUGAAUGACCCGGCCAACGUCGAUCUGUUUCUGUCAACACUCAAGGACGAAGACGUUACGCAGACAAUGUACAAGGACACCCGGCUGGUCGCCGCGCAACAAGCCUCUGACCCGAAGGCGGCGGCGAAGCCGGGGAAAAUCAACAGAAUCUGCGAUGCCGUCCUGCAGAGACUACGGUCCCAGAAGAAGGCCAACCUCCAAAACAUCAUCACGGCGCAUGUCUGCAAGAACCCGCCCGCGCUUGAUGAUGGCCUGCUCGUCGUGGCCGAGCUCAUGCAGGAGGACGAGACGCUGGCAGAACGUGCCGUCGAGCACAUCUGCUUCCUGACCGACGUCAACCAGCUGUUCGACCAUGCCCUUGGGCUGUAUAACCUGGAGCUUACUCUGCUAGUAGCCCAGCAAUCACAGCGAGACCCGCGAGAGUACUUGCCGUCUAUCCAAGAGCUGCACAGGAUGCCGCCACUCCAAAGGCAGUUCACCAUCGACGACAAGCUCGAGCACUGGGAGAAGGCGCUGGGCCACCUGAAGGCGCUCGGCAACUUCGACGAUGUCAAAAACUACGUCGUCAAGCACAAACUCUACCAGCACGCGCUGAGCAUCUACCGCCACGAGGAGCAGCACCACCGGGCCAUCAUCGACCUUUUUGCCGCCUACCUCAAGUCAACCUCCCACUUCAAAGAAGCCGGUCUGGCGUACGAGUCGCUCGGCAACUUCGUCGACGCAACCGACUGCUACCUCAAAGCGGGCGCCGCCUGCUGGCGGGAAUGCCUUUACGCCGCGCAGCAACAGCAACCGCCCAUAACGGCAGAAAAGCUCCAAGAAAUCGCCACCUCGCUCGCCGACGCCCUCCGCGAAGCCAAAGACCACGCCUCGGCCGCCACAAUCCACCUCGACUACCUCUCCUCGCUCGACGCGGCCAUCCAGCACCUCUGCAAAGGCUACCUCUUCGCCGACGCCCUGCGGCUCGUGGCCCUGCACAACCGUGCCGACCUGCUCCCCACAGCCAUCGACACGGGGUUGGCAGAGGCCUUCUCGAGCUCGACCGAGUUCCUCGCCGACUGCAAGGCGCAGCUGGCCGCCCAGGUCCCGCGCAUCGCCGAGCUGCGGCGCAAGGCGCGCGACGAUCCUCUGGCGUUCUACGAGGGCGAAACCCCCUUCAGCUCGCGCACCGACCACGCCGACAUCCCGGACAACGUCUCCGUCGCCGCGAGCUCCCGCCUCAGCACGAGCGCCUCCCUCUUCACGCGCUACACCGGCAAGGCGGGGAGCGUCGGGACCGUGGGCAGCAACGUCUCGCGCGCCACGAGCAAGAACCGGCGCCGCGAGGAGAAGAAGCGCGCCCGGGGCCGCAAGGGCACCGUCUACGAGGAGGAAUACCUCGUCAACUCGGUCCGGCGGCUCGUCGAGCGGGUCAACGCGACCAAGCCCGAGGUGGAGCGCCUCGUCUUUGGCCUGGUCCGGCGCGACAUGGCCGAGCGGGCGAGGGCGGUGGAGAGCUUGAUGGCGAAGGUUCUGGAAGGGUGCAGGGAGGCGGUGGACGAGGUCUGGCCUCCUGAGCUGCAGAAGCGUCAUCAGGGAGCUGGUGCUGGUGGGCCGGAGGAGGAGGGAAUGCAGCAGGGUGAUGAGACUGCCGAGGCCCCCGGGUAUAGGCCUGGUGGUGCGGACGGGGUGCUGUAUGACAGCCUGGAGGCUAUGAGGGCGAGACAGACGCCGCCUGUCGUGGAGUCCUUCGCGAGGCUGUCUUUGCUUGGGAAGGGGAAGUCAUGACGGGGUUGAGGUAUUAGGCUAGGUGCGGGAGAUAGGGUGUGAAGGGGGGGUUAUGUUUGGGUUCAGAAAAGCAAUUGAUCCGUUACGGGAGAAUCGACGGCGGGUUCUAGGAACAUGCUGAGCGAGGGAUAUGAGUUAGCCUAUCUCAUGCGGGGAGGUCUCCUCAGAGAACUUGAAUGACAUCGCUGUCGGAAU